AUGCCGGACGCGAAGCGUUCGACAAGAGUGAGUGUAGCGGAUCCGAGUUACCACAGGAAACUUCUUCAGAAUCUCAACAAGAAUCGCAAGGACCACCAUCCCACGUGCGAUGUCAGAAUUUUCGACCGCGAAGAUCAUCUGUUCCUAGCUCAUAAAGCGGUUCUGGCUGCCGCAAGCUCAUAUUUCGACGCCAUGUUUUCAUCCAAUUUCGUGGAAUCGACCGAAGCGAGGGUCGAUCUACCCUUCAGCCACUCUGUGACGUCUGCUAUAUUGGAAUUCAUCUAUUCGGGGAAACUCGAGGUGGACAACGAGUUCGCUCUGGAGCUUCUCAGUGCAGCCGACUUCCUUUUGAUCGAUUCUCUGAAAGGCCCGAUAGUGAACUUCACUUGUGCAGAUAUCAGGAACGUUUUCAACGCGCAAAACAUCGCCAGCGCGGGAAUCGAUGCGUCUUUCGCUGGUUUCAACGUGCUCAAGUAUUUCAUCGAGGAUGAGGAUACCAUAGACGAUCUGACUGAGCUUCUCGAGAGCGUCGAGGAGAGAGGUCUAGGUUUCGAAACCUUAGCCUUAGAAGAGAUUUCGAAUCCCCUUCUGGCCGACACCGAUCAGGCUACAAUGGUGAAAGCCACAACGAUACGAGACAAAUCUGACAGGUUGCCUACCGGUACGAAUGUCUAUCGGAUUUUCUCCAACCGUCUCUACCGAUUCGACGGUUUCGGAUGGACACGGGUGAUCUGUCCCGAAUUCAACGAGCAGGCCCCGUCUCUGAGGGGAUUUGCCGUAUUGGACGAGAACGGUCAAUUCCUGACACAUAAUCAGGACGAGUUGAGACUCUUCGAAAUGCAAGAGCCAUAUCACGGAUCUCGUUCUCCUGGCGACCGUUCCCUGAAACCGUUCGCGGAAGAAACCAUUUCGACAUCCUCUCAGCGGCUCUGUUUUUCGGAGAAUACGAUAAUGGCUCUCUUCACGAAGCCGGGAUCGACGUCAGAAGAUAUAUACGUAUGGAAUCAGCUGUCGCAGUCUUUCCAGAGCCUUGGAGACAUUUGGCCCCUGACUGUGACUUACCUGGACUACAUUUUCGAGGACUCGCUUCAAGGACGAACGCGGCUCUUCGUAGUGGGCAACUUCAAAACCCUGAACGACGGGACUAUCGCUAACUCCGUUUUCUCGUUCAACCUCUGUCCCAUAAGCGGAGCUUUACUGACCUCAAGGUCCGUACCAGUGUUACCGUUCAUCAACAACUCGUACAUAUACCACCAUUUCGAGGGAAAGCUGAUAGCGAUUCCGAGGAUAAUCGGUCGGAACUUCUGCAAGGAUUUCUAUCGUUUCGACGAGAACACCUGCACCUGGCGGGUUUGGGAAGAAGCCAAGCUCAAGGUUGAGAACCGCACCAUUCUCGAUGUCGUAUCAACAAAGGAAUACCUCUACUUGGUGAUGUCGAGUUUCGAUCAUCGCUGGCAGAACGAGUUCGUGCAGUGGAACGGGCACGAGUUCACAGAUGUGACUUUUUCGACGAGCAUUCCGAUCGAGGGGAAACUGCUGGAGAGAAUAUCUUGGAUCGACUACAACGUCGUAGACAAAGUUCUCAAAAAGGCUCGAAGACUGUGGCUCUGA